AAGAAAAAAACAGCUGUUGUUGGGGGAAAAAAAGAAAACAUCAAACAUGCCGGCCUCAAAGAGAGGAUCAUCCCCUCAUGAUUCUCAGCCCAAGAUGAGGAAGUUGGACGAGGACGCGGAGGCACUGCAGCCAAAAACUGCACCGGCUACCAACAAUAAGCCCCAUAAAACAGGAAAUAUGCAAGAAACGACAGCAGCCCCUCGGACCAAGAAGAAACCGUCUGCCUCAGCAGAAGGGGAAAACAAACCAGCCAAGUCAUCCAUACAGACUUCCCCUCCAAAGGAUUCCAGCAAAACCAUUUCAGAGCCACCUGUCAAAAAAGCCAAGCUCCUGAAAGCCACAAGUGCCUCCUGCGGAGAAGCUCCCUCGAUGAAAGCUCUCUGCAAAGCUCCCAUGAAGCGGACAGCCUCCACAGAGUCCGACGAGGAUUUAAGUAGUGACGGUAGUAAGACUGACCUCUUUAGAGAGAGGGAUGACGGAGACAAAGCGCGCUGCAUUAGACAAUAUUCAAACCGAGUCCGAGUUAAGCGCCAGGCUGAAGAGACGUGUACGGAUCCACAGGAGACGUGCCAAGAGUUAUCACCUACGCCCUCGGACCCGGUACAGAUGGACCACAAUUAUGGUAGAUUCACAGAUUUGCUAGAUGGUCAAAACUUGGAUGAGACUGUUCAGAAUGAGGACAAAAAACCUGCAGAGCCUGACACUGAAGCUCAGAGACAAGAAAAUUCAGAGUCAAAAGAAGCUUUAGCCGAAGAAAGUGGACAAUUAAAACAUUUAGAAAGCCAAAAUCUUAUAGAUAAGACUUCAUCUACACAGGUAUUAGACUCUUUCAGUGGGGCAGAGUCUAGUAUAGAAAUAAAUGAAAACAAAGAUGUUGCAGAGUCCAUCAAAAGCCAGAAGGGUUUAGAUAACGAAACGCUACUGUCUUCAGUGAAAACAACAUAUUCUAGCAGCGGAGAGGCGAAGCAGUGCUGCGAAAGUGAAGACAGGACAGACGAAAAAGUAGACUCUGUUUGUGGACCUGAAAGUCAGUCAGAUCUGAGCUGUGAAACUGACACAAAAGAGCCCACAGUGUCUGGUUCUGAUGUAAAAUAUGAAACUGAGGAAAGUGAGCAUGAAGUGAAAGGAGAGACUGAAGCAGGUGUAGAAGCUCGAGUGCCGUCAAACGAAGCAAACUCCACACCAGAGGAGAUGCUGAUGGAAAAUCAUAAUCCAAAAAGCCAGACAGACCUCAGCGUCAAAAUUCAAGUAACUUUCAAGGAGGAAUCAAAAUCUAACCAAGUGCCAGACGCAAUUACAAAUUCAUGUGACGGCGUGAACAAAAUAGUUAAAAAGUCAGAAGAACAGCUCGAAGAAAGCGAAAGAAAAGGAGCUGAAUUCCUGUCCGCUCAGUCCGCAGCUGGUCCAGAGUCUUUUGUUGAAGUACAGCUGAGUCACGACGCUCUGGAGGUUAAAGCCAAGACAACUGACAGCUGUACUGAAACGAGUAAAACAACAUCUGAGGACAGAGCUGACCCUGCACCGAAUGAGCAAAGUGAAAACCAGGAGACAGGAAAAUGUAAUGACACUACAGACACACCUGUUGAUGUUAAAGGUGGUGUUGCAAAUUCUACAAGUUUGGGAAAAGAAGAGACGAACUUUGAAUGCACCGCAGCACAUAUUCAGGCUUCAACAGCAUCAGCGCCUUUUAAUCCUGCCUCUUCCCUGGAAAUACAAGGACAGAGGAAUCGAGAGGUCAGUGAAUCUACCACAGACAUAUCAAGAGGCUUUCACGACGAGGACAUGGUUGUAAAGUCUACAAUUAUGGAAAAUGAAGAUAAGAUGAACUUUGACUCUGCUAGUGGACCUGAAAGUCAAAAUAAAAUGGAGAUGCAGACACUCACGGCAACAAACACCAGCAUUGAUGUGAGUAAAUCCACCUCAGACAUGUCUGAUUCAGCGACUGUACAUUUUAAGAGGAGCGAAGAUGAAGGCAGGAUUCCCUCUGAAUGUGUCGCAGCUCCUGAGAAUCAAAUAGAGGAGAUUUCUAACUCUGAAACUGGGCCUACAGAGAAAACGCAGAGUCAGAAUAUCCAUGAAGUCAGUGAACCUACCACAGAUGCAUGUGCUGAAUCUCAUGAGGAUCAGACGGUCGGCACUUCUACAAUUACAGAAAAUACAAACAGCUUUGAAUCGGACAUGCAGACAAGAACUGAGGAGAUUUCUAUCAUUGCACCGACAGCUGAAAUGCCAAACCAGCAGACCCAGGAAGUCAGUGAACACAACACGGACGUACAACCUGAGCUUCGCGAAAAUCUUAUGACUGAAAAAUCCCAAAACAUGGAAAAUGUGAACUUUGAAUGUGCGUCUGCAUCGGAGAGUCAAAUCAAUUUGAAAAUGCAGACUACAUCUAAUUCGCUCCCUACGACAGAAACACAAAGUCAGAAUAUCCAGGGUGUCAGUGAACCUACCACAGAUGUUUGCACUGAAUUUCAUGAAGAUCAGAAAGUGGACGCUUCUUCAAUUAGAGAAAAUGUAAACAGCUUUGAAUCUGUGGCUGCAGCAGAGAGUCAAAGUGAAAUUGACUUGCAGACGUCACAGACAUCAGAGACCUCUAAUCCAGCCCCGUCACAGGAAAUGCAAAGUCAGGGAAGCCAAAUAGACUCGGACACGCAGACGAAAACUGAGGAGAUUUCUAUCAUUGCACCGACAGCAAUGCAAAGCCAGCAGAUUCAAGGAGUCAGUGAACACAACACAGUCAUACCACCUGGGGUUCAAAAUAUGGGAAAGGUGGAUUUUGGAUGUGCGUCUGUAUCAGAGACUCAAAUGCAGACUACAUCAACACCAGAGACAUCAGAGGAGAUUUCUAUAAAAACUGGACACAUAUCUUCAGAGGUUGCUGUCAAAAACUCCCAAAAUAUAGAAGAGGAAGACAAAAUGAGCGAUAAAUGUUUGACUACGCCGGAGAAUCAGUACAAUUCAGAAGCACAGAGAACGGAAACACAAAGCCAGGAGAGCCGAGAACUCAGUGAACCUGCAGCAGACUUAUCUGAAGUUCAAGAGGGUCUAAUUAUUCCCACAAAUGAGUGUAAUGAAAACAAGGAGAGUCAAGUAGAAAUUGAUAUCCAAACAACAGCGGCGGAUGAGAUGAUCUCUAAUCCGACAUCUUCACUGAACAUGCAAAGCCAGAAAGGUCAGGAGGUCAGAGGAUCCACCACAGACGCUGAAAAAGGCUUAAUCAUGGCGAGCACUGAGAGUAAGGAAAGCAAGGAAGAGGAUAUCACUGCUGCUGUAAAUCAAAUAGAAAUGAAUUUGCAAGCACCAGCAGCAACCCAGCAGGAUAUUUCUAAUCUUGAAAUGCGAAUCGGGGGAAGCCAAGAGGUCAGUGAACUCACCGCAGACACUCAAAAAGAGCAAAUGAGCUGUAAAAGUAAGGAAGAUGAAGUCAAUGAAUGUGUUCAAAUAAAUAUGGAGACUACUGCAACACCAGGGGAGACAGUAAAACAACAAAAUAAUAAUUAUAAGACAGAAGAAGCCUUGUCUAAUGAAAUCCAGCAACCUCUUUCAACAUUAAAUUCAGAAGAUAAAGAAGAAGAAAACAAGCCAGAAGCAGACCCUGGUGUUGAGGAUAUGGACGUAAUAAGUGGAUCAAUAGAAGAGGAAAGGCGAGCAAUUAACGAGGAGGUCAAAGAAGAGGCUGCGAUCGCUUCCGCUGAUAUGUCCGACGAAACCGUCAGUAACACCGAAGGACAAGGAGAAGGAACUGGAAGAAAUGAAGUGGUGGUUUUUGUUUGCAGCCAACCGGACGCGGCCGAUAUCGCCGUUCAAGAUGCGGAAGAGCAGAGCAAGGCGGUUAAUCGGCUUCAUGAAAACCAGAUAGUCUACGAGCCCAUUAGUAGUCCAGAAAGCAGCGCUGAAGACGGGGAGGUUUGUGCACCGUUGGAGAAACAUGCUGGCGUGUCAUUACUUGACAUCCAGCACACAGAGGCCUCGUCUGCUAAUGAAGAAAACAGAGGAGUUUGCAACCUACAACUGGAAACGGUUAGAGAAGAAAUGCAUGUGUCAGACAGCCAGGCGGUGAUUGAAAACGAGGUCCAAGCCAUCUGUGUACCAGAGCGUUCGGCCUCUGCACAGUCGGAGCAGAGAAGCGCAACAGUGGACGUGAAACAAGUCGCAGUGAUCAGCUCUAGCGAUGAUAUCAGCGUGCCAGAUGGCCGGUCAGAAGAUGCAACAGAAAAAACUCAAAGGAAUGGCUUUCCAGAGUCUUCUGAACAGAUGCGUGAGGACGCCGGACGCCAGGAGGUUGCAGAUGUCACAGUGACAACGACUACAGCCAUCGCUGCAGUCGAGAUCCCAGAUAGUACAUCUGAGGAGUAUGUGAUCUUACAACCGGUCCCGGAGAGUGAGAUUCCCUUUGAUAUCGUCACUCAAGCUGCGGCUGAAUCGGGUUUGUCGGACUCGCUUUCAGAGCAGGUGAAUCCAGACAGCGCGUUGGUGGGUGAUGCAGAAAAUCAAAGGGUUUUGAAUGGUUCCCCACAAAGCUUUCACCCUGAGGCAGAAGUGCAGCAUUGUCAAACAACCGGUGAGAUCAAAGACGCUACGGUGACGAACUCAGGUGAGGAUGAGGACACUGGGGUCGAGAUAGAAACUGCAACUACUCCACUUGAAAAACAAGAAGAAGAAGAAAGUGUUCAAGUUACUAAUAAUUCUGACCAAGACCAGCAACCAGCAUCGUCUGAAAUGAUGGAUGUUAACACCACAGACUGUCACACUCAAGGCUCAAAUGAAGACUGUAACAAUCUGCUGACAGAGAACGUGGAUGGUAAUUUGGAUCUGCAUGAAGUGCAAAUCCUGGAGGAUAUAGAGCUCGGCCGUGAGAUAGUAGUAGAGGAAGAGAACGAGGAAGACGGUGACAUUACAAUAAUAGAAAAGCCUCAGGAAACACCUGAAGCCGCCGCUCUUAAAAAGCCAGAGGAAAUGGUUAAUGAGAAAAAUAAAGAUAAAGACACUUGUGGGACCUCCGUGAAGCAAAACAACACAGCCGAGAAGACUGAGGAUGAUAAAAAGGGACAGGAGCAACAAAAACCCAAGAAACAAGAAAUGAAUACGCAGGCAAGGACUAAAGCACGUCUGGCAGCUCUGGCUGAACAAAAGGCCGCAGCCUCAAAGAGAACAGCGAACAGACAACAGCUGAACCUCUUAGCCUUGUGCCAGGAAAUCGCCGAGGACAUCGCCACAGAUAGCAUGCUGCUGAAGAGGAUAGAAGAAGAGAAACAAGCAGCGGCAGCCGCAGCCGCAGCAGUGGCAGCAAAAGCCGAAGCCAGUAAGAAAGAAAGCCCACCUGUUACCACACCUGUAGUAGAGACCGGUGAUGUUGCGACUCCCGCUGGACCAGAAGCGUGCUCUGCUUCGGUGACACCAACCGAAGAGGCACCACUGCCACCACCACCAGCAGCAGCAGCAGCACCGGCCCAGCCCCCCUCAACGACGGCCGCUCCAGCCGAAGCCAAACGUGCCCCGGAGCCCCAAAAGAGGCGUUUCUUCAUCACGCAGGUUUCAGUGCCCCUCAAAGUCCACGAGAAGAAGAAGCUGACUCGAUAUCAACGACUGAGACAGGUCGAACUGCAGAGAGAGAAAAUGUCUUGGGCUCGAGUGAAGAAGAUGAAGUCCGACCAAGCGAAUCAGAUGUUUUCGGAUAUGGAAUGGCAACCGUCGCUGUUCUCACCCUCUCCGGUUUCAGUUAAUACCGCAAUGACGGAUCCUUCACCUGCCGCCAGCCCAUCUCAAUCUAAAACACCUCUCCCAAGCCCUUCCUCCAGUAGCAAACCUGCAACACCCAAAGCCGAAGCUCCUAAAGUUGAGUCUCCUAAACCUGAAGCGAGUAAACCCGAACCCCCUAAACCAGAAACCUCCAAAACCGAAGCUAGCAAAACUGAAAUCUCUAAAACCGCACCACCUAAAGCUGAAACCCCUAAAACUACAAGGCAAAGUAAGGCUCAGACUCCUAAAGAGACCCCUCCUCCUGGUCCUUCCCCAAAAGUGACCAGAUCAUCAGCCAGGAGAGGCCUCCCAGCAGUUCCCCCUCCCAUGCCCAACGGACUCAAUGCCCAAAAGACGAAGAUCGAGUAUAAGCCAUACAGACCGAGGCCCAAGUACUCCUUUGAUGAUUUUGAACUAGAUGAUGACCCUCCGGCAAAGCCCACUCUUCAGCCUAGACCUAUGCGCCCCAACCUUCAGUCCAGACCCACAGCUCAGUCCAGACCAACGCUCCUUUCACCUGCCAGACCCGCAGUUUCAUCACAGCUCGCCCACCAGGCAAAACUCAAAGCUCAGACCCCCGUCGCUGGGCAGAUCUCAGGUCAGUCGAAGCUCGCCAUUUCAACCGCGCCUCAGUCAAGGCCCGCCGGCUCCUCAAAUCCCGCCGUCACACCCCAAUCGAAGGCUUCAGCUGCAGCCUCAUCAAAACCUGUCGCACCUUCAGCUAGACCUCUGCUGAAGUCUCCGGUUUUAACGACACCUCAGUCCAAACCUGCUUCUUCAGCUGCAGGUCAGUCCAAACCUGCUGCUGCUUCUUCUUCUUCUUCUUCUUCACCCCAGUUAAAGACUCCUACUGGUUCAACAGCAGCUAAAACAUCUGAGACAAAGCCCGCUGCUGCUGCUGCUGCUUCAAUACCUCAGAAAACCCCAAAUCCUCCAUCAUCACAAGACAGAAAAUACAAGGAUACAACCGGUUUACUUUCAUCAGCUCCUUCAUCUUCCCUUCCCUCCAAAGAGAGCUCUAAAGCGUCUGACGGCACGCAGCAGAGCGACAGAAAGCCCGCAGGGACAGAAACAGUCGAGAAAGCUGAGAAGACGACGGACAAGCCUCAACAAGACGGAGCAGCGAACCCACGAGACGGAGGGACUCCUCUUUCUGACGCGAGUCUGCAAAAAGAAGUCAAGAAACUAAGAGAGGCGGACAAAGAUGGCAGUCAGACUAUUAUUGAUGCAGGACAGAAGCAUUUCGGAGCGGUGGCCUGCAGCGUGUGUGGGAUGCUCUACUCCGCCGCCAACCCUGAAGACGAGUCCCAACAUUUACUCUUCCACAACCAGUUCAUCAGCGCCGUCAAAUAUGUGGGAUGGAAAAAAGAGCGAAUCUUGGGGGAAUAUCCAGACGGCAAGAUCAUUCUUGUCCUGCCAGAUGAUCCCAAAUAUGCCCUGAAAAAGGUGGAGGAGAUCAGAGAGAUGGUGGACAAUGACCUCGGCUUCCAGCAGGUGGAGACCAAGUGUCCCUCUCAGACCAAAACCUUCCUCUUCAUCUCCAAUGACAAGAAAGUUGGUGGAUGCCUCAUAGCGGAGCACAUUCAGGAGGGGUACAGGGUGAUCGAGGAGCCGGUACCGGAGGGUUCGGAGAGAGAGAAGGUGAUGUUUGAACGGCAGAGAGCUUGGUGCUGCUCCACCACGCCGGAGCCGGCCAUCUGUGGCAUCAGCCGCAUCUGGGUGGUCAACAUGAUGAGACGUCAGGGCAUCGCCUCGCGCCUGCUGGAGUGCCUCAGGAACAACUUCAUAUACGGUUCAUACCUGAGCAAAGACGAGAUCGCUUUCUCCGACCCCACUCCCGACGGGAAGCUCUUCGCCACACAUUACUUUGGCACUUCUCAGUUUUUGGUUUAUAACUUUGUGAGCGGAACGCGCUCCACGCAUCCGAAAACAGACGCAGUAUGAUAAAAUACCUUCAGCAAAAAAAAGGUAACGGUGGAUUUUUAACCGAGACGCUCACUGACCAACGGGACCUGCCCUCACUUAACCGUGUCUGACGCUGACUCUUUACAUGCAAAACCAUUUAAAACAAAACAAAAAACAAAUAAACUGUAAAUUUCUCCUUGGAGAGGACACACAUGGGUUCAAAUCUCAGGAUGAAAACAACAAACUGUUGUUGGAAAAUAUUAUUAAUUCACCCUUUAAUCCUUCCCUGCAUAGUAUUUUGCAAAAAAAAAAAAAAUUAUAAUAUUUUCUUUAUACCUUUUUAAGUAAACAAUUUGGAUUUAUUAGAAGUAUACAUGCAUGAUCUGACAGCAAUAGAAAACAAAGUGCAUUUUAUUGUUUUGUUUUUUAAUCUCUGAAAUCAUAAAAUCAAGUUAUUAAAUUAAAUUAAAUGGUUAUUUUCUAGUUUUGUCCCCAUUAUGUAAUAUUUUUUAACAUACAUGAUGUAUUAAAUUGAAUUUUUUUUAUUUUUUAACAUGUUCUUUAAAGUUAACAAUGAUGCUGUCAUCGAUUAUGUUAAAGAUCACAACUGCACAAUUUACAUCGAGUGGAUCAGUUUUCCACGUUUGUCCCCUUUUGAUUUUAACGUCGUGUUUUUGUUUUUUUUAAUCGUGACAUCUCAAUCAUCUUUUAAAAAGCAAAAAAAACAAAACAAAGGUGAUUUAAUCAGAGGGUCUCAUUUCAACACGCGUCACAAUCUGAACGAAGAGAUGUGGGGUUAGAACUGUAGCUCGGGCAUUACUUUGUGUGCUCUAAUAUUUCUUAGAUCACCUUUGCCUGAAAUUGUUGCGUUUUCAAAAGCUGAGCCAUAUACUGUACACCAUUUAGCAGGGCAUUGUAGCCGAUACUGUAUGAGAGAUGUCUUUUUAAUUUCACCAAGGCUGUUUAUUGCUUUGUUUGUGCCUGAAUGAAUAAUGUGUGACUUAAAAAUGUUUUGUUUUUUUCUCUCUAGUCGUACGUUCUGCUAAGCAAGCGUACGGCUUUUUAUUGAGUUAGUGUAGAGUGUCAUCCUCCUAUUCCUUAGUAACAAUGAAUUAAACUGUAUAUCAAAUGAUCAUGUAGAUUUAUGCAUACUAUAACAAAAAUCUAUAAUAAGAGAUGUGCAAGGACUUAAGGUUAAAUGGUUUAAAGUGAUGGAGCAUAUCAUCCAGAUGUCAGCUUAUUAUCAGUGCAAACAGGACAUUUUUUUGCUCAGUGAUCAAUGAUGACGAGGGGUUGAGAUGAACGUCUGCCUGUCACCACACAGAUUUACAGUUUCAUUGUAACACAUCCCUUAUUUUCCUUAUUAAAAAGCAAGUUACUUUUAGAACGACGUGUCGUGAAAGAAAAAAAGAAAUUUGAUUUAUACGAAGCUGUUAUGUAAAUAUUUAUUUAAAUAAUAAACGUUUUAAAACAUG